CUAAACAACACUUCGGCUUGUAAAACAAGAUGAUUAAUAAUGUAUGAUGUUGCAGCAUCAUCACGUGAUCCCAGGAUUUAAUACAACAUUAUGGCGUUUUUGAUUGAUGACAAAUAUUUUGCAUAUCAGUGUCCAUCGCAUAGAAUCAGGCUAUUUAUAUUAUAUAUUUAAUUUGUCAGCUUUUUAAAACUUUAUUUGGUCUAUUGUAUUUAUUUAUAAACAUCAAAAUGCUGUACCAUUUAAAGCGGUCAUUUUGAAAAUAUAAUGUAUAAAAUAGGGUAAAUGGGUCCGAAUGGUUUACUUUUAGUGUAAACAUUUGAGAGUCUAUCAAUAUUUCUCAUAUUUAUUACUUUUGUGUACAAAAAGUGCAGAAUGAUGUUUUGUAAACGUUUGGCAUGAAGAAUUCAGCCGCGCGUGCCCAUCUGCAUAUGACGCGCAUUUCACAUAAGAUAAGUGUAUGCACAUGCUGUGAUUUUGUACUUCAUACAUACAUUUAUUUUUACGAUUGCAAGAGAAAUUAUUUAUUGAAAUAGUGCUCUACCUUCCACAAAGUAAACAACUUGAAGAUGACGCGUCAUUGGAGCUAUGUUUUUGUUGCGCGUUUCGUGAUAAUGGAGAUACGACUGAAAGAACAAACUGGAGGGCAAAAGACAAAAUAAUCUACGACAGCUUGCAGUGGUUUAAACUCUUCGUGGCUUGCAAAGGAAAACAACACCGCAGACAAGGAGACAGAAAGGGAGGGAUUGUGUUUUUCAGAGCCGACAGUGAAUUGGUUGCUGCUGCUUCAAAACAGCAGCUGUGCCAUUAGAUACAAAACAACCACAGACGCAUUACAGAAUCGCACAAGACUCAAACGGCAACGUUCAGACCCACCGAUGGCAAAUAUAGAAGAGAUCAGAGUGACCGCGGUCAAAGUGCUGCGCUACAUAGAGAAGGUCUCCUCCUUUGCCGCCUCUAUCAAUCCUCUCUUUGGGAUUGUGACAUCUGUAGUUGGGGUGAUCAGGAAAGGCCUGGUGGCCGAAAACGACCAUGAGCUGUCCAAGGACUUCAAACAAAUCCACGAGAAGCUUGAAACCAUCUCGGAGAAGAACAAGCAGACCCUCCGGCGGAUCCGCAUCCACGAAGUUAAUGAAACGUUCGAUAAAUACGAGGAGUACAUCAAGCAUCAGUACAGAGCCUUUAACACCAUGGUGGAUAGUGUAAAGCUUGACCCGGACAACUCUGAGAAACACAUGGAGGACUUUGUGAAGAUCUACGAGAGGUUCAAGAGUGAUAUGAGCUUAGAUGUGUAUUAUCGUGGAGUGAUGGGCACCGGGGCUCUGUUCGGACGGCCGCUGCUGAAGGUUUAUUUGGAUGAAUGCGAGAGGGACAGAGGAGUGAUGGAGGCCAGAUGCUCACACAUUGCUCAUCUUUUCUACAUCGGUCUUAUGACACUGAUGGCCUACACCUCGGUCAAAGAAGAUGAUGAGGACAAAGUGAGGUACAAAUGGGAACAGAGGGUUGUUGAUAUUCAAGCCAAGAUGCAAGAAGCUCUGGACCAAUGUGAACAGGGAAACUGAUGCGGGACGUUGCACUGAAAGAUUGCUGAGAGAAAUCCAUAUUAUGUUCUGAGUGGUUUAAUGUCAUAAAUGAGUUUGAAUUUGUGUAUAAUGAAAAAUACUUCAAUGUCCCUGUAAUGCAAGGCUCUUAUAUCUCAACCAAAGUCUUUUUUUAAGCAUAUGAGUCAUUAUAGUGUGACUGAAUGUAAUGUAAAGCAGCUUUCCAGCAAUGUUAUGUGUUUAAUAAAUGUAUAUAUUUUCUCUCAAACAAAUCAGUCUUUGUGUUAUCUUUGUCAUGUCACCGAACUAAAUGUGAUUCCUGUCAAGUCAAUUUGUGAUGUGAGCAAACAAAGAGCUGUGAUUUUCGCAUAAAUCCAGGUGAAUAUGGAAAUUUCUCUCAUUUGCAAGUUUGGAAAGUUCUCUGAUUUGCCAGUUAGGUAUGCUGUACAUGGCCAAUGUAAUCUAAGCCUCAUAAGGAAAAAAAACAAAUUUUUUAUGUAAGGUUAAUGUAUAGGAAACCGGUAUUUGUCGCAGAAAUAAGCCCAGACAGUGUGAUCAGGUGCUUAUUUGGCAAAACAACCGGCUGCCUGUAUUUUAUCCCACUUAUUACACAGCUAUUUAUCAAAUAAGUAAGGGAAGGAGCAUUAAAUAUUGAUUUGAAAUAUUUUCCAUUUUUUAACAAAUUAUUUUUAACAAAUGCAGACCUUCCACAAGGAAAACCUGUUUACUUUUGGUUUU